AUGUUUAAAAAGUUAAAAGAUAACUUAGCUACACAAGUUAAUAAAACAAAUCAAACAUUGUUUGCAUCAAUUCUACCAACAGAUUCUAUAUUAUCAACAAGAGAUUCAAAUAAUCGUACAUCUUCAAUUGCCAGUCAUGAUGAACAUGAGAAUAGUCGUUCUCGAUUAGAUUCUGCUUCAAGUGAUAUUAGUCAAACAACAGGUAGUAGCACAAGCUAUGCUUCUCCACCACGUCAAUUUGUACCACCAUCAGAUAUUGAAUCUGAAUAUGGUGGUGAUGAAAGUGAUCAUGAAACCAAUAAUAAAAUGCAAAAGUUACUCAGUAUUUAUAAAAAUAAAUUUUCUCAAUUAAAACAUGCUUAUGAUGAAGUUGAACGUGAAAAAGACAAUCUAAAAAAUGUUUUACAACAACAACAAGAUACACACAUUAAACACCGAGAAGCUUUACGUAAAAAAUUGAAACAAGAACAACAGGCUAGAGAACAAAUAGAAAGUAUAUAUUUAAAAGAAAUUAAAUUACGUGAUAGCAAAAUUGAAGAAUUUACUCAACAACUUACGGAACAUGAAAAAUUUGUUGAAUCGCUUCAAGGAGAAAUUAAAUUACGUGAUAGUAAAAUUGAACAAUUUACUCAGCAAUUUGCGGAACAUGAAAAACUUGUUCAAUCACUUAAAGGAGAAAAUGAAACGCUUCGUGAACAGAAUACUAAACGUGGUACAUUACUUGCUGAAUGUAAACAAAAAAUAGAUGCUCAUACUGAAAAACGAAAUGAUUUAGUAACAGAACGUGAUAAUCUUCUACAACAAUUAAAUGAAAAACAAACAAUUAUUGAAACAAUGAUGAAGAAUCAACCAGCUGAAGAUAUAUCAGUAGAAUCACUUAAAACUAACGAAAAUGUCGAUGUAGAACGUUUACAAGAACAAUUAGAAUCAACAAAUAUUCGUGUUCAACAACUUGAAGCCGAUCUUGAAUUAGCAAAACAACAACAGCAACCGAUCAAGUCUAAUUCCGAUGAAUAUCAACAAAAAUAUGAAGAUUUAUUAAUAAAAUUCAAUGAAAUUUCACUUAAUAAUGAGCAAAUACUUAAUGAUAAAUUAACUUUUGAACAAUCAAAUAAAGAAUUUCAAGAAUCACUUCUCAAAGAUAAACAACAAAUUGAAGAACUUACUACCGAAAUUGCAAUACUUAAAAAUAGUCUAUCUACAGAAAAUGAGACACAUCUCAAAUCAUACGAAGCACUUACUACUGAAUAUAAAAAUUUAAAAAAUGAAUUAGAUCAAAUGGCUCAGGAACGAACAAUGUAUAAAGAUAAAUAUGAAAAUACAGAUAAUGCAACCGAUCAAAUAAAUACUACUCUUACUAAAUUAGAACAUGAUUAUAGAGAAUCUACGGUAAAAUGUACUCAAUUAACUGAAAAACUUAAUACUCAACAUCAAGAACAUUUAGAAGAACUUGCUAAGCUUAAUAAUCAACAACAAAUUGAAUUGAACAAUAAAUUAAAAGAAUUACAAGAAGAAAAUAAUCGUAUUAUAUUAGAAAAAGAAAAUCAACAUAAAAAAGCAAUUGAAAUAUUAAAAAUGGAGAUUGUGAAUACUGAAAAAGAACAAAAUUCUGAAGAUGAAAAUAAAUUUCAAACUGAAAUUAAAAGAUUACAAGAGGAAAUAACUAAUCUAUCGUUACAAAUCAAUCAACAGAAAAAAGAAUUAGAAGAAAAAUCUUUUCAAAUUAAAGAAUUUGAAAAAUUAAAAAACGAAUCAACUUUAUCUCAAAUAGAAUUAAUCGAUGAAUGUAAUUCAUUAAAAGAACAAAAUAAACAAAUAACAAUAUUACAGCAAGAACUUGAUGAGAAAAAGAUGUACAUUCAAAGUAUUGAACAUCAACUUGAAGAAAAACAAAAUGAUAGCACGACUAUUGAACAAUUGAAAGCAACUAUUAAAGAACAUGAACAAAAUAUUCAAACAAAUCAAGCUAAUAAUCAACAUUUACUUGAACAAAAAGAUAAAGAGAUUGAUGCACUCAAACAAAAUCUUUCGAAUCAGCAAUCGUUAUAUGAUUCUUUGACAAAAGAAAAUCAACAAAUAGUCGAAGAUUUGAAUAAACAAAAAUUAAUAAUCAAUGAAAUUGAUAAUAUUCAACAACAAUUAAUUUCUCAACAGUCUCAAAUUAAUGAAAAAGAUGAACAACUAUCAAUACUCAAAACUAAACUUGAUGAACAACAAGAUUACAAUAAAAAAUAUUCCGAAUUAGAAAUUAAAUUGAAUAAUAUUCUUUCUGAAAAAGCUAUUCUUGAAAAUGAAUUAGAUAGCACACGUAUUCAAAUUCAAACUACUCAAUCAGCAUUAAACGAAACAACAAAUGUUAAUAUGAAACAAACUGAAGAAAAAAUCAAAGAACUUGAGACCCAAUGUGAUUCGUACCAAAAUGAAAUUGAAACAUUAAAAAGUGAAAUUGUUUCAUUAGUAAACAUUAACGAAGAAAAUACUCGUCGAAUUGAUGAAUUUGAUGAUGAAAAAUUUAAUUUUGAACAAGAAAUUAUUGAAAAAAAUCGACAAAUAACAGAAUCGAAUGAAAAAAUUGAAGAACUUGAAUCAAAUCUUAAACAAGCACAAGAAACAGGAGCUAAAUUACGUAAAGCAUUACAGAAAAUGAAAGAUUCAAUAACUAAUAAAGAACAAACAAAUAACCCAGAUACAGAAAUUCAAUUACAAAAAGUGACUGAUGAAUAUGAACAACGAUUAAAAGAACAAGAGAAAGAAUAUAAUACAAGAUUAAAAUUAAUGGCAAAAGAAAUGAAUGUACAAAUUGAAGAUAAAGAACAAACUUAUAAUCGACAAUUAAAUGAAUACAUUCAAAGAAGUCGUAAAAAUGAAAAUGAUCUUGUUCAUUCAUCAGAACAACAAGUAACCAGUGCUGAAGAACGAGCACUAAACGCUGAAAGAGAAAUGUCAAAAUUGCAAGAACAAUUAAAAGAGAAACAAUUAGAAAAUUAUCGAACUGUACAAGAUCUACAAAAUCAAAUACAAAAGCUUAUAAGACAAACUCCUGAAACAAUAAAUGAUGCCACUCAAACUUCAAUGGAAGAUCUUCAUCAAUCAAAUGGUGAUCAACAUUUGCUUAUAUUUGAACCAACGGAAGUUGAUUAUUUGAAGCAAAUUGUGCUUGCUUAUAUGACAGGAACAGAUAGAAUAACAAUGGCAAAAGUGAUAUGUGCUGUUCUUCGUUAUACAGAUAAUGAAACGAGCUUAGUAAUAGAACAAGAAAAACUUCGACAAUCUGUAAGUUAUUCAAAUAAAUAUUAUUUAAAUUAA